AGAUGGAGGUCUGUGGAGAGGACACAUCGUGUCCACAAACUACGCAUAUUUCGUGUUUAUACCCAGAGAUCCUAGCACUUAUAUUCAGUUACUUGGACGUUAAAGACAAAGGGCGUGUAGCGCAAGUGUGUACGAACUGGCGGGAUGCUGCCUAUCACAAGAGCGUGUGGAGAGGAGUGGAGGCGAAGCUCCACCUGCGCAGACCCAACCCGUCUUUGUUCGAGUCUCUAGUGUGCCGAGGGAUCCGGCGGGUGCAGGUGUUGUCGUUGAGGCGGGUGCUGAGGGACGUGAUCAGCGGCGUGCCCAACAUCACCUCCCUCAACCUCUCCGGCUGCUACAACGUCUCCGACAUCGGCCUGACGCACGCCUUCGCCAGCGAGUGCCCCUCCCUCACCCACCUCAACCUCUCGCUCUGUAAGCAGAUCUCAGACUCCUCCUUGGGAAAAAUAGCGCAACAGCUGAGGAACUUGGAGGUGCUGGAGCUGGGCGGGUGUUCUUAUAUCACCAACACCGGCCUCUUGUUAGUGGCGUGGGGCUUAAAGAAAUUACGGAGACUUAAUUUAAGGUCGUGUUGUUUAGUGAGUAACCAGGGCAUCGCGUACCUGGCGGGUCAGCACCAGGAGGCUGCCGACGGCACCACGGCCCUCGAGCACCUGGGCCUCCAGGACUGUCAGAAGCUGUCAGACGAGGCGCUGCGCCACGUCGCCCACGGCCUCCCCAACCUCAAGAGUAUUAACCUCUCCUUCUGCGCCAGCAUCACAGACUCGGGCCUCAAAUACUUGGCGCGGAUGCCCAGCCUCCGUGAGUUAAACUUAAGAUCGUGUGAUAACAUCUCCGACAUCGGGAUAGCCUACCUGGCGGAGGGAGGCUCGAGGAUUACCACGCUGGACGUCUCCUUCUGCGACAAGAUCGGGGAUCAGGCGCUAGUGCACAUCUCCCAGGGCCUGUUCACCCUGCGGUCACUCUCCUGCUCGGCGUGUCAGAUUAGUGACGACGGCAUCCACCGCAUCGCACGCACGCUCCACGAACUCGACACACUCAACAUCGGGCAGUGCGUGAGAGUCACGGACAAGGGCCUGCAGCUCAUCGCCGAACACCUCACCAAUCUCUACUGCAUUGACCUGUACGGGUGCAACCGCAUCACCACGGUGGGCCUGGAGAGAAUCAUGCAGCUGCCUCGCCUCUCUGUGCUCAACCUGGGUCUGUGGCACAAGCACAGACGGUGACGGUUGUCUCACCUAGGUCACCCUAACCAAUCUGCAGGCCAGGAGCAGGCGGUGUACAGUCCCACCAGCACGCACUCAAGGUAACAGUCUCCGCCGGGCCGGUGCUGGGGUCGUCGUCACCUUAAAACUGUGACCGCCAGCAUCGGCUCGCAAAGUAAAUAUUUCCUUGACCGUAUAUACUCUGUACCACGUUGCUUCUGUGACUUCACUAUUUAAGGGCUGUGCUAAAAUUAAAUUCUUCGUGAGGACAUGCACUGUGGACAUGGGGACUAUUCCCAUAAGCCUAUGUAUACUGUUCAAAAUAAACAUAUCAGCGCAUGUGUCCACGAAGCGGUUUCGUAAUUCGUCAUAUGAAAGUGUUUCAAUCGGUGCCAUGAAAACUAUCACCUUAAAUCCUCCCCAUGAUGAACUAAUUGAACCCCUUCUUCCGUGCCAUGAAAAUUGCUGACUUAAACAAUUGUUCCACAAAGGUUUUCUGUUUUAGGAAGACUUGUAUAUCGUUACUACAACGAAAUGGCACCACAUUGAACUGUCCAUUAUGUACGUUACAUUGUUCAAAAGUCCCUCGCAAAUGUGAUUCCCAUUUUAAGCAGUGUGGCGACACUGAGUGGGGGGGGGGGGGCACGGUGCCAAUCAAUGCCAACUGUCAAGCUUGGUGUCAAAAGUUAAUGAACAAAUGUCAUUGAAUUCUCGGACAUGUAACAAUUUGUAUAUAAUGUAGUGACGUGAUAACCCCAUGUGAUAUGUGUGUAUGCGUUAUUAUAAUCUAAGAAUAAAUACUAUGCCUGCGAAGGAAUGAAGCACUUGAGGCUAUGUUUCACUAGAGUGAAUGAUCCUGUAAUUAGCGUGUUUCAAGAUGUAACAUCAGUGAUUCUUCUGUACAUAUUAUAUAUAUUAUAAAUAUAGAUUUAUAUAUGAAAAAUGGGCUAGGUAUGAAGCCCAAAGUGUGACUUGGUACCUGGAGUAAGACUUCAAGUGUAAACACUGCAUGUCUUGACAGACAACCCCCCCCCCCCACUAGUGACAGGUUAAUAUAACAGCUGUUGAGUCACGUGGGCUGUGGGAGGCGGACGGUGGGAGUGGGAGCCCACCCUGGGUGCCCACCGUGGGAGCUCACCGUGGGUGCCCACCAUGGGUGCCCUCACCUGCCUGUCCACGAGACUUUUUUUUUAAUUUUAAUUGUUAUCUGUUUACUAUUAAUUCGAAUGCACCCUGGCAUCUAGGGAAUUAAAACCUUCCCUCGUUAAACAGGUGCAUUUGAACUUCCUCCUCUUCUCCCAUCACCCACAGACUCGUAUCGUCGUUAAUCUGUCAAACAGCAUCUUUCCUGAUGUACUGUGGGUUAUAAUUAUCUUACCCCCCCCCCUCCCCCCUCCUUCACCUACUGUCUGGUGCGACGCGGAAGAACAUUUCACACGAGCUAAGACAAUCUCUCUUUUUUCCUUGUGAGUUUUGUAAACAAUCCUAUACACUUUUUUUCGUAAAUUAUUUAAAAACAGUUUAAUAUAUUUUCUCUCGAGGACCUUUAAACAGAAGGUACGCAUGCUUUUUUUUUCUUAUCUUUCACUGUUAACCACAAUUCAGUAAUUAUGUGAUUGUUGUGUGUGUGACAAUUGUCAAAAUGUAUCAUAUCACGGCUGUGCGAUAACUUGCCAUGGUAUCAGCCACCAGUAAUUUAUAUGUAAACAACUGUUCAAUUUAUUUUUUCAAGUGCUUAAUAUUUGUGUUCAAAGCUUGCGUUAUCAGUCAGUUGCAGUAUGUGUAAUAAUGCAUUGUAUUUUGUUGCCCCCCUCGGAGUGCCGUGAAUCCAUCAUUAGCCUAUUGUUAAAACUGGUGCUAAACAGUCCAAUUUCUUUAUUAAUAAGCUUACUAAAGAGCUGAAGUUGCUCUAGUUGCCAUACAACUAGAGCAGUUGUAUGGCAACAGCUGGCCAGUUGCCUCGUUACCCAGAGCAUCACAGUCUAUUAUAUUCACUCAUUAUUGGCUCUUAAAGAAUCACUCAAGAUAUAAGAUACUGACCUUAAUAACGUAACAUCGUCAAUAAAAAUAAAUAAAAUGAAAAAUAAAAUGUUUAUUCAGGUAAGGUCCAUACAUACAAGAGAUUUUAUAUAAAUUGAUCGAUUUAUAAAUGGAGCUAGUACAUACAAUGCCUAAAGCCAAUGCCAAUUCCUUAAAAAAAUAAGACUGUACUAAACCGGGAAGAUGAAACAAGAUCUCUUAAGGAUGGGGAAUACGUACUAAGAGACUUCAUCCCCCUAUGCAUAUCUUUUAUUUCAUCAUUAUACCAAUGGAACAAGGUUUUAAACUUUGAACUACAGGUAAAUCUGUACAUUAAAUGAGAUUGAUGUUAUCCACUGAAUGGAUAAUUGAUUUACCUUUGUUCCAAUAUUAAAUGUCUUGUGGAGCAGCAACUUUAACAACCUGUACAACCAAACUUUUAAUAUUUGUAAGCUAAAGUAUAUUCUGAAAACAUUAAUUUAACCACACACAGAUAAAAAUAGUCAAACGCUUAAAUAGCUGUUAUGAAACAUUUAAACUUUUGAGGAAAGUGCUAAAUGAAAAGCCUAGUUAUACCAGUUUGAGGUUCUCAGGCGUCCUGAUAGUCCUGAUUAGCACAAAUAUUUAUAAUUGCCUAUUAUGGGUUACUCUCACUUUCCUUAAUAACACUCAAAAUUAUAUACAAUUUACUCAAGAGGUAGUUUUGGUUCAAAAGCAAUCAUUAAUAUAUAAUAUUUUAAAUUAAUACUAUCUGGGUUCCAACACUAGAAAAAAAGAGUUAUAAGUUAAAAUUGUAUUUUUGUGCAUACUUAUUAAUGACUUCAAGCCGUAAAAGUCUCGAAUUACUUGCUCAUUUGAUGUGUUUGUAAAUGCUGAUGAAGUCAGAAACUUGUUUUUUCUACCAUAAUUAGGCUUUACUCGGUCAAUAAUUCUAGCCUCAUUGACCCCAUCACUCGUUAUGCUGGCCAUUACCUCCAAUAUAUUGACCCUACGUCUCACUGUGUUCAGGAAGAGCCGUGGCAAAGUAUUGCCCUGGGUAGACUACUGAUGGCACUAACUGUUGAGUACAGCUGUGUGCGCCAGUUGCCAGAUCAAAUAUACUUUUAUAAUAUUGAAUAUCAUGAUUAUUAGGCUAGCUUUAUUAUUUAAUACUUAUUUAAUUCUGCGCACCAUUAGUUAAAUUUAAGUUAUGAUUUGUUCUAACUUUAAUUUUGCUCUACCUGACAAAAACUCAUAUUGGACCUUAGUAUCAAAGUAGAGAUGGAUUCACGACAUUCUGCUCGUAGAAUGAAGUUAGAAUCUGGGAUGGUCCGGGAUUUUCUCACCACAGAUACCCGCACUAUCUUGUCCUAACCUUACUCUUAGGCACUUGUUACACUCAUGGACUUGUAAACCAUUACGGUCCAAGAGGAAACAGAGUGUUCUGUGUUGUCAUGCCAAAUGCCAAACUCUGUUCCACCUCUGUGGUCGAUGACAGAGGAGAGGCCACUAUUGUGGUACUCUGCCGGACACCACCCAAUAUUACGGGUACUUGCUCAAAGCUAAACCUCCACAUCGGCAGUAUUAUUUAUGAGAAGGGUCAGUCACGAUGAAAAUAACCUAUAGUCAGAUGAACAAAGCUGGUGUACCACCGAGACCCCAAGCAACGGUUCUUGGACGUUGGUUCAUGGCUGGCUGGUCCAGUUUUGUCAUGCUCUAAUGUCCAGACAAAUUCAUUGGUUGGAAUAGUUGUACACAUAAAAGUUUUGUUCCCUCUGGAUCAGUCACCUUCACCCUCCGACAACAACAACACAUCGCUAGCCUCGCCCUUCUCUCUUACCGACAACUGAACCUGUUGAGUAAUACCAGAUAAAGCCUGACACCAGCGGUGCGAUAGUCAAUCAGGCGGUCUAGUAUUACUCCUUGUUUACUUGGAGUUCAUCAAUACGUUACGUAGCUACUCUUAUCCUUGUUUAGUGAGUGCUGGGUUUGCUGCUCCUAGCUUGAAGUCAAACUCACAAAGUUGUAUUAGAAUUAUAUUUUUUUAUUUGUCAAUUAUCAAACAUUUAAGUGUUAUUAGACUAUUUAAAUAUAUUGUUACAUGAAACAGCUGCAAUGUGUUUAUUCUCAAUAAUCAGAAAGUUGUAUAAAGCCUGGCUAUUUUUCACCGGAAUAUUUCUUAAGAUUUUAUAUUUUGUCUGUGUGAAUUAAACUUUAUAUUGCAUCUAAAUCACAUUACUUGAUUACUGUAUUCAUUCACGUGAAGCUUUGAGGAAGUAAAGCUUAGCAACACUUCAAGAGGCCGGGCGGGGGUGGAUGGAUGCGAGGCUUGCCUGCAUUCUUGCACCCCAAACUGUGCCAGUACACCCGCUCACAGUCGUCAGCUGCACUGUCAUACUGUCACGGGUAUGACAGUUGUAGCUGGUGGCGACACCCUGUCAUAUACUCUCACAUGUAGACAGCAGCUGCUGGUGACUUCAAACUGUCCUACAUUAUAGCAGCUGCUCUGAUAUUGCAUAUAACAUGAGCACCUGGCAUGCAUUAGUGUGUAUAGCAACAUAUCUCAUCACAGGUGCAUGCCAGCAGCUGUCAAUCAGUAACAGGUGCAUGCCAGCAGCUGUCAAUCAGUAACAGGUGCAUGCCAGCAGCUGUCAAUCAGUAACAGGUGCAUGCCAGCAGCUGUCAAUCAGUAACAGGUGCAUGCCAGCAGCUGUCAAUCAGUAACAGGUGCAUGCCAGUAGCACAGGUGAACAACACUUUCCUGACAUGAAUUAGAUGUAAUAUUGGUGAAUAUCUUAUGCUAACUGCGCAACUUGAAUCCGUCCAAGACACCAACACGUUAAUAAGCUUUCGUGUCACUGCUAAAGCUUAUUGUUGGGUCAAGAAAUUAUUAUUCUCUGCAGCAAAGUGUGCAUUGACACUUGACACUGCGCGGUCAAGCAAACACAAUCCUCUCGGUGCAAAACUGAUUGUAGAAUACACACACACACACACCUGACUAUCCACCCCUCCAUUCCCCCAGACACGCACAUAUAUAUAUAUACAUAUAAUCACACCCUGUACAUUCCUAGCGGGCAUUCCUAUAGUCACGUCAUUGGGAGAUCAUCGUAAUCACUCAUCUCAUCACGUUAUGCAUCUCACCUCAUCAUCCUGCCAUCCACAUUUGCCAGUAAUAACUAUUAUUGUGUCAUCUUCCCUGAGGAAUGCUGGUCACCGUUAUUGUCAUGUUUCAACAGUGUCCAAGGUGGGAGUGUAACAGAUGACUGACGUGUCGCUGCGGGGGUGCGCGCGCGACACGUGGGUUUGUUUAUGUCUCGUCACUGCCACGUGGUUUUGUUUACAACACAUCAUUUGUUGCUGUAGACAAGACGCGUGAGUUUUCAUGUUGACACGUGGUACUGUUUACAUCAUGUACUUAUCACUGCCUGACAGCUGAUACUGUUUAUAAAGAACUAUAUCUGAUGUAAUCCACUUCAAAUGUGAGUACUCACCUUCGAAAGUGUUUACUCAGCAUGUCCAUGUUGACUCACACUAACGACUGGCCAGGCCGAGGCUACGUUAGUGGUGGUAUGAACAUCUGCGUUAGUAAAGCUUGGCUAGGAGGCCAGUCAUUCAUUACGUCAGGUAACUGGAUCAGUUGUAUUCUAUCUAAUCAAUAUACUAUCAGUUGUAUUCUAUCUAAUCACAUGUCACCUACACCCUGUACUGAAUAUUCCAAUCACUCAGCUUGUAUUGUAUGCACCAGACAUCUAGUCUGCUUUGGCAUAUACCAGUCACCCAGCUUGGACUGGCAUAUACCAAUCACCUGGUCUGGUGUGGACUAUUCCAAUAUAUAGCUUUGAGGAUUCGUAGAAUAUACCAUAUUAAAGCUAAAACUUAAGCUUUAGACGACUGAGAUCUCGAGUGAAGCUUUACUAGUGCCAGCUUGUCAGUUCAAGGACCACUUGACUGUGUACCAGUGUGUCCACUGGGUAGUGUGACCAAGUGUAAAUACUCUCCAGUGUGUAUACGGAACCGAAGGCUCCCCCCUUUUAUCAAAUGUGAUACCUUCAUACUUCAAAAUAUUGUUGAAUUUAAUAGAUUUUAUGUAUUCAACUUUUGUAUUUACAAAUUUGACCAAAUGCUCAAUAAAUAUUUUAUUAAAUA